UUUAUUUAUUUUCCGGGCACCUGUUCGCUGAAACACCCUGACUCAUGGGCGCCAGAUCCUCCACCAGCUGAACAACACAAACGCUCCCGGAGAGAGAAAGACCCCUCGCUUUAAACACCUGGUCGCCUCUCAGCGCUAGCCACCGCUGGACAUGCUAAAAGGUAAGAGGACUUUAAGGGGAUCAGAGCUCCACACACAGAAAUAGCCGGGGAGUGUGUCUGUUUCAUGUUCCUGUUACUCGACACCGAAUGGUUGUUCCGAUAUCUGUGCCAGCUAGCCUCUCCCCCCACCUCCUCCCCAUGUUACAACUGUGUUUGGCUUCUUUGGCCACCCCUGCUUCUAUUUCGGGGGGGGCGUUUCACUUUCUCCAGCCCUGCUCCCCUAGCUCUGUUUCACAUGGGCCUAGAGGCCGGAGCACGCUAAAGACUCGCCCAAGGCUGGCAAGUUCCCUGCCGAUACUGAGGGGAAAGGCGUGUGAUUGUCGAAGCUCCGCUUCUCCUAGAACGAACAGGAAAGGACCAUGUCCAUUCAGCAGCGGUCUGGCCCUGACCACAGCCUUAGGAUCUCUACCUGAACCCUGCUCUCUCUUCCUCUCUCUCUCUGCCUUCAUCUCUCCGUCUCCCUCGCUGUGAGGCCUGGCACGAGCUCUCACCUCAGCAUGGAGACCAGGAACAAAAGGUCAGAAAAGAGAUCAUAUCACCUUUUGGAAGGUGAACUGGUCACAUUCGAGCGAGCAUAAGGAAGGCGGCCGGUAGACAGAGACAGAUUGCAGCAACUGGCCCCUCGUAUGCGAAUGCGCGCCGGGGAUGAGCUGCCUGGACAAGCGCCACCUGACUCACGGAGGAGGCAUGCAGGGGCUCUACAAAUACACAGACGGCUUUAGCGACACUUCGAGCGUGGGGAGCUUCAUGGACGACACGGACAGGGAGGUGAGCAGCCUCACCGACCGCGCCUUCAGGAGCCUGUGCAUCGGCGACGAGGCCGUCUACAACGACUCCGAGUUCGCCUCCUCCCCCAUCGAGCGCUACGACGCUUUCUCGCUGGACGCCCACAACGCGGACGUCCUGAAGUUCAAUGGCCAGAAGGCGCUCUCCCAGGGCAGGAGGCAGAACGGAGGGGGGGUGGCCGCUGCGGGGGAGCCAACGGUCGGCGCAACAUUCCAGCAGUCGGUUUUGGACAUGGCGAGGAAGGGGCUCAAAAACGGUGCUAUAGAAACGGCCUGGCAGCACAGCAGGAGUGCACUGAUCACCAGUGGCGGUGGCACUACUGCUGAGAGCCACCAGAGAGGACAAGUACGAUCGAUCAAGGAUUUUGAAUACAAAAAUAGCAGCAAUGACUUGUGGGAAAACUCGGUCCUGCUGAACGUCCGAGGAGAACCGUCAGCCGGACACGAGAGGGGUCAUUUCAAGCCAACCAAAAACCAUUUUCACUCUUCCGGGGAUGCGCCGACUCAGACCGCAAAGAAGGACCCGGAAAAACCGUCGGGAAAGUCUUCCAAAAGCAAACGUGGCAAAUCCGGCAAGCUGAGGAAACCUAGCAACAAGAACUUUUUCCUCCACAGCGAAGACAGUCCGUUUGAGUCGUGGCGAGACAGGAUCCUGCUGGAGCAAAACCACACGCCGGAUCCCGUGUCUGCAAACCAACGCCCCAUGUGGUACGACUCUCCGCUUUACAAAGAGCUGACAGCAGAACAUGGAUUACAAAUCCCAGCGCCGAAAGAGAACGAACCCAACCAAACUAAGUCUGAAGACGCCGCGGUCUCACCUGCUCCUCCACCCCCUUCCACGCCCCCUCCCUCCACACCCCCUCCCCCCACACCCCCUGCUGCACCUCCUUCUUCUGUUCUCCCGCAGAAGACAACGGCUGUUGAGCAGAGGAGCGAGUCAGAGUCGGGUAGCUGCCUUCCUCCCUGGAGGAAGAGUAAGGGCCAAACGAUGGCCGCUCUGCCCUGGAGCCGCCCCAGCAUGGCUGCGUCAUGCAGGGAAAGAGAGGUCCAGGGCAAGCUGGGAGUGGCACCCGUGGGCAGAGCAAACGGGACAGUCGCAGCAGCUGGGGUGGCCACCGUGGCAACACCAGUCAUACCCAUUACAUCGGUCACAGUGGUCACGCCCAUCACAUCAAUCACAGUGGUCACGCCCAGCACAUUGGUCGCAGCGGUCACCCCGGUCACCGCGGUCACAACGGUCAUGGCGGUCAAGACGGUGGAUGAGCCUGCAUCUACCAGCUCAACUCCGUUCAGCAUCUCCCAGCUGCUCACUCCCAUUAUUAACACCAGACAGGGAACGGGGACGUCCGAAGUUCUGCAGUCCACUCUCUCACCCUCCAGCCUGGACCUCGACCUCUCGCCGUCCUCCUUCACCGAUGCCUCCGCGAAGCCAACCGGCGAGGCCAAGUCGCGCAACAGCUACAAGGCCAUCGCCUCUGGCCUGCUGUUCAACCUCAAGGACAACAGAAAACGUGUCAAGAGUACGUACAGCCCCACAAAGUUCAAAACGACAGACUUCGGCAAGCAGCCCUCCAAGCCAGAGACCGCUGAACCCAAAUAUGUGGCGGCUAUUUCCGAGGCCCCUGUCGCCGAGGCUCAUGAGUCCCUCCAGCCAAAAGUGAGCGAUGUCCGGCCUGCCGGUGAGGUUGCUCCGGAGUCAACUGAUGCCCAAACCGUCGAUCAUAAAAAACCUGCCGACGGAGGCAUAUCAGGUGACUAUUUGACAUUAAGUUCACCCUGCGGUGUAAAAGAAGCCGCCGUCUACGGAAACUUGAACAGCACGCGGGAAAGUGCGCCAGGCAAAAUCCAGCACGCCGAAAGUGGAAACGAUCAGUACCGUGGCCUACAGCAGCCAAAAUCCGAUAGAGCUCAACUGUGGGAGAGGCAAGGCAGCAGUCACCCUUACCCGGCACUUAAUCUGUACAAGGCAGCAAGCGUCACAGAGACCAUAGAGCCAGUGGUGGACAUGGCUGUUAGCUACUCUGCCAUUAAUGAUAGUGGAAAAGAGAGCGGAAUUAAAGAAACACGCUCUUUGAGAGACAGGCUUUUCAUAAACGGCGCAGAGGUCGAGCAGAAUGAAAUCAGAACUGGGGAUGAUUAUCAUGAUGGAGGAGACAGGCACAAUGACAGGGAUGACAUUCAUGUGAAUAAACAGAAUGAAAAGAGUAAAAAGAAACCAGCUCUUUCAGUAAAAGACAGAGUUGAACUGGUAGAAAAGAAUUAUUCAAAAAAUCAAUUUGCAGCACAGAAAAGGGACAGUGUUAAACAGGAGACAUUUGAUAAUUUAGAUAAACACCACACUAAAGAAAAAUCACUGGCCAGUAAAGAAAACCCUAAGCAAAGACUAACUCCAGUGCAGGAGAAAGAACAUGAUCAAAAGGAUGUUCGGACUAACCACGUAUUUUCAGCCCGACAAAACCAAUUCAUUAAAAAUGAGCGCUACACAAUAAAAGAAGAUAAUGAGAGUGACCAAGCAGAUGAGGAAAAUGAUGCUGUUGUGACAAGAUACAACAAACCUAUCUUCACAAGUGGAGAUCUACAAAACAAAGAGCACCAGAAUGUGGAACAGGGUGAAUUUCCCACAAAGGAAAAGCAUGUUGCAGGUGAUAUAGAGGCAUUGAAAUCCCACGAGGGUGUACUAUUAACAAGAGAUAGCGAGUUCGUCAGAAAUGAAAUUAAUGCAAAUAGCAGAAAUGGCAAUACCCGACAGGAAGUACUUGAGGAAGCAGGGGUGGAGUCAAAGAGCAGGCUUCUCAGAAGUGAAAAUGUUUUGCCUGACACAGAGGAAGGCCCUGAAAGGCUACUGCACUCAACUAGAGGGAACCCACCCAAAACAAGGGGUUCACUUGCAAGUACAGAAUGUCUGCAGCCAGUGCAGGACUCACUGUUAAUCAAGGAGAGUGCUGCUGAAAAUGAAGCAUUAGCAAUUACAGGAAAUAAGCAGGACAAAAAGAAAGUGCUGGAGGAAGUACAUGAAAUUAGAGAGGAGAAAACUUCACUCAAAAGCACAGAAAACAAUAUGCAUUUCAUUGGAGAGAAAACCGUAGUGAAUAUGGGCCUGCCUGCAGAAACGAACAAGCCCUUAACUACACAUGGCAGGUUUGCAGUUGUAGAAGAAGACCAAAAGGAGCACUGGAAUGAAAUAAAAGAGUACCAGCCAGAAAAUAAUGUACUUGCAAAUAAUGAGAGGGCUGUCAUUCAACAGGAGUCCCCAAAGAGAGAACUCGACACAUUUGCAGAGAAAGAAAAAGAAAGUAAGGUGAGAGACACAAGAUCAAAAAGCAAAGAACGGGCAAAACAGGAGGACGGAAGGAACAGUGAACAGACUAGUGCAGGAGUAAAUGUAACACAACAGAAUGAGCAAGAAAAAGGCACAUUGAUGAAGGAAAAAAUAGAUUCAAAGGGGAAUGGAAAAUCUGAUUCAACACUUGCUGGUAAAGAGAAAGACAGCAAAUUAAAGCAAAUACGUAAAUUGAAGGACAAAGUUAAGGACGUAUUUUCAAUGAGAGAACACAAAGCCAAAGAAGAGGUGACUGAAAAGCAAGAUAAGAGGGAAGAAAAACAGGAAGCGACUCAGAAACAUGAGGAAGACCACAAACAACUUUUACCACGUUCAAACGCAGAAACAAAAAAGCAUGGGGGCGUUGAAGUCAUCUUGGAAGAGAGCACUGAAACCGAAAAGGAAUUUCCCAGUGAAAUUCAGGAUGGCAGGGAAACAGUGCCAAAUGAUAUUACCCAGGAGGCCAUCAGAGAACAGGCUGUUACCGUCCACCGCAAACGACGCCCAGCACCGCCUGUGCCCCCGAAGCCAGACAUAAAGGGAGAGGGACAGCCAAGUCAAACUGGCAUGCCCACAGAGUCCUCCGCAGACCCACACCUUUCUGCGGAGGAAAUCAAGAGCAAAUCCCCGGAACAAGAAAUGCAAGCACGUCCUGCUUCGGGUGAUGCUGAAGGUCAAGGGGAAGAAAGUGAAGAGUCCUUGAACAAGAUGGCACCUGCAACAAAAGACCCAGCGGAGAUGUCGCCACUGCAGUACUAUGCAAUAAGUGAUGUUGAAAGUGAGAUAGAUACAAGAUCGGUUGCUUCACCUAUGAGGGAGAGUACACCACACAGGUUGGGAAGCACCACCUCACUCAACGACUUGGAUGAAGGCGGAUGGGUCCGGUGCCUGAUAGAAUACGCUAAAUCGCAAACCCCACGUUCAAACACCUCCUCCCCCUCCUCCAUUAAGCCCACCCUAUUUAAAGUAAAAGACAACACUUUUUUCCGGACUUCUCCUCUAACUAAGACCAUAAAGUCGCCUUUACACAGGUCGUUUCCUGAGGACUUCAGGCUAAGCUCUCCCAGGGACAGCUGGAGCGGGUCCGAAAAAGGCGAGGACGAACGUGGCCGCCUGAGGGAGCGUGUUAGGGUCCACUCCCCUCGCGAAGCCUCGGUAUCUCGCAGAGGCUCGCGCUUGAGAGAGACACCCGUAAGGUCCCCGAUGGCGCAACCCUCUGUCACACCAGCGGCGCAGGAACACAGGAGCCCUCAGUGGAGCCCUCAGGCAGGAACUCUCAGUCCUCCAUCUCGAGACCCAGAGGAAGGCCGCCUGGCUGCGAGCGCACUGUCGGGGGGACUGGAGAGUAGCGCGGCUAACGGUGUGGACGUGGUGGAAGAGAAAGCGUCCGGCUCUCUCCACAUUGAAGAAACAGUAGGCGUUAAAGAGCCCAGUGAAAAAUCAGAGUCUGUCUGCAGUGCUGGUGAAGUCCAACCGCUUGGCAAACCGCCUCCUGUCCUCCCGAAAAGCGAGAAAGCCCUGCGCCGUGCAAAGAGGCUGACGAACAAGAGGAUGAAGAAGGCGGAAGCUGAGGGCAAACACGAGGGUAAAAGCCGGGCCCGCUCGAAUUCUGCCCGAGAACGCCGAUCUCAACCACAGCCCCCUGCCGAAACCCUACCUUUGCAGCCAGCGCACACACCAUCACCAGCACCCAAGUUCUGCCCUGAACCCGGUCCCUCCCAGCAUCCACACCCCCCAUCACCGGCACCCCAGUUCAGCCCUAAACCCGAUCCCUCCCAGCAUCCACACCCCCCAUCACCGGCACCCCAGUUCUGCCUUGAACCCAGUCGCUCCCAGCCUGCACGCUCCCCACCAGCAGCACCCCAGUUCUGCCCUAAACCAGAUCCCUCCCAACCAGCACACCCCCCAUCACCAGCACCCCAAUACUGCCCUGAACCUAGUCCCUCCCAGUCAGCGCACCCCCCAUCACUGGAGCCCCGGUUCUGCCCUGAACCCAGUCCCUCUCAGCCUGCAUACUCCCCAUCACCAGCACUCAAGUUCUGCCCUGAACCCAGUCCCUCUCAGCCUGCAUACUCCCCAUCACCAGCACUCAAGUUCUGCCCUGAACCCAGUCCCUCCCAGCCUGCAUACCUCCCAUCACCAGCACUCAAGUUCUGCCCUGAACCCAGUCCCUCUCAGCCUGCAUACUCCCCAUCACCAGCACUCAAGUUCUGCCCUGAACCCAGUCCCUCCCAGCCCACCCCAAACACAGUCUCUCAGUCCUUCCCAGUGACUCAAAGAAAGCUGCUGCAGGAUCCCGAUUCGGGGCAGUACUUCAUGGUCGACAUGCCUGUGCAGGUCAGGACGAAGAUGUUCUUCGACCCCGAAACAGGAAAGUACAUUCAACUACCAGUGCAGGCCCCAGAGGUUGUUUCAUCUCACCCGCCAUCCAUGGAGAUUUUGAACGCCCCUUACCUGCUGUACCCUGGGUUUGUACCUGUUCCCAUUUCAACUUUACCACCCCAGGGCUCUGCCUCUCAGACUCCAGCCUCUCUGAUGGAGGAUCAGGAAACGCUACAGAGCAGGAGCGCCCCCUGUAGACAGGAGGACUGCCAACAGACUCAAAGUAAAGAAGCAGAAACAUACAUUGAGCCUGCGUGUGUACCAUAUGAUUGCUUUCCAGAGGAACCCUUGUACAUGGAUGAUGAGGACUGCACAAACUCUAGAAAUCUGAAUGCCGUGUCAGCGAGUGAACUGGACAGCUUUGCUGUAGACAACGUUUGAAUUCAGGGAUUACCGGUUGUUAAAAUGCACUGUUUUGUUUAUUUUGUAAAUGCUUUUGAGCGUAAUGAAAGAUACUGGAAUAAAGUAAAAAGGAAGCACAGUAUAUAUGUACAUACAAACGAGAGGAGACAAUGUAUCUGUAGAGCCUUCAUAUGAAAAAUAUGGUUGCUAUAAAGUAUUAAAGUAAAUAUUCAAAUCAAAUUUUCAUAAAGUUUUAAGCAUUGCCAGUUCUGUUGUAGAAUGUGUAAAAUCUGUUGAUAAACUGAAAAAGUUUCAUUUUUUUAAUGGUUUUGAUUUUGUGAUGAAUACUUAGAUAAAGCAGGGCUAUUUAUUGAAACAAGGUUUUGUGCAAAAGUGAAAAAAAUAUACAUAUAUUUAAACCAUUCCAAUCAUGAUAAUAAAAAUCACACUUGGUACACAAGAA